UCAUCCUCCUCCCCGACAAUGCCGGACAAUGCAAGGGGAUGCAGACAAUGCUGCCUGGCGACCGGGUGGCGGCGGCGGGGGGCCGGGGGUUGUGGUCGGCGAGGUUGCGGUGCGGCUAACCACCCCGACAGGGCAGCUCCCCACUUUCGGCCGGGAAACAACUUCUAAAUUCCAAGUCUAAGCCGAAACCGACACAGCCAUCAUGCCAGGAGGCUGCAAGCAAGUCGGCCCGGGGCCCAACGCCUACCUGCUGCCCAGCACGGUGGGCUACCACGGCCACGACUCGACGCGCGACCGCCGCCCCGCCUACUCCAUGGGGCGGCGGCAGGGCCAGGACGUCAAGUCCCUGGGGCCCGGGCCCGACUGCAUGGUGGACAAGUACAACAGGUUCGGCCGCACGGACGGGCCCUCGUACACCAUGGCGCCCCAGCUGGCACCGCUCUGGGGCAGCGGCUGGACAACACCUUCCAGGACUGCUCGCCCGGCCCCGCGCACUACCGUGCCACCGGGCUGGACGUGAGCCGCUGGAGGAUGCCGCAGUACACGAUGGCCAAGCGCACCGCCCUGCCCGGGGACCGCUCCCUCAAGCCCGCCCCCAACGCCUACAAGCCGAGCUACAACACGCACCGCAGCCCCCCGGAGUUCUCGUUCGGAGUGAGACACACGGACUGCGAGUUCGUCCCCCUUACGGAUGAGGACAAGCACCCCCCUGGCUGCCCGUAACCGUCGCCACCGGAAAAAGUCUUUUUUUUUAAAAAAAAAUGUUAAAGUUAAAAUAAUAAUAAUAAUAAUAAAAAUAGUAAAAUGUCUUUAGAACAACAAUAAAAAAGUUCAGAUACA